ACCAGAGAGAGUCUGAGCCGACGAGCCGCGCAGAGAGGCGGACAGACGUGACGCCGGACAGACGUCUCACUCUGAACAGAACCUCAGCACCGACGACACGGAUCAAUAACACAACGAGCCCCGCUCUCUGCUGCCCCCGCAGGCCGCCGCAGGUCCUGCAGGCUGAGUGAGGAGGCGUCACUGUUCAGCAGACUUCCUGUUGUGGUUUAAGGUUCAGCGUCCUGUUUCCAUAGCAACGGAGCAGCUCGACACAGGAGCUACAGGUGAGUGUUUACCUGAGUUUAUGAACAGCAAGAUCAGGACUACAAAUACCAUCACCACCUUCACCUUCAUCAUCUUCAUCACCUUCAUCACUGACGGAAGCAUGUCGUCACCCAGAGUGGGCGUGGUCAGAGACUCCAUGUUGACCAAUCCGCUGCACAUCAAGGCGUCUCUGGGUCAGAGCAGGUCCAGAGGUCUGACAGUUCCUGGUCCAGAGUUCACUUAUGGAAUCAGCAGCGGCUCGCUGGGAGACGGAGGCGUCGCCGAGGUUCUGUCCAAUUGGAGGGUUCAGUCCAGACGUGGUGACUCGGCUCCUCAUCGACCGCUGGUUCCGGACUUCGUGUCUCUUAACCGGGACGCGGUGAAGUCCGGUCUGGUGACGUCCAAAGAGCUGAGUCAGUACCGGGCUCAGGGGGGCGGGGCCAGGAGACAGAACCCCGCCCCUGAACACCAAGAGGACGUGGCUUCAUGGCGCCCGGAGGUGCCUGACAUCACGUUUGGAGUCACAACCAGGCCGUCGUCUCCGCUCUCAGACCUCCUCUCUCAUCAGUACGCUCGCCGCUGGAAGGAGGAACAGCUGAGCAGGAAUCGAACCGGCAACCACAAACAGCUGCAGAGGGUGAAACCAGGAAGUAUUCCUGACACCAGGACCAGUCUGCUGAGGAGGAGCAGAGCUCUGCCCGUCACCCAGAAACCCUUCACCCUGACCCGCUUCUCUCAGGUUGCUCCUGCUGUGGACACCUUCAGGGACCAGGAGGCUCGUCUGCGGGGCGUUAGGGCCCAUCAGUCAGACUCUGUGUCCAGGAGAGGAGUUCAUGGUCUGGGGACGUACAGUCUGGACUGACCGGAGGAAACGUUCAGCAUUAAUACAAAUAAAACACGUU